GUCUCUCUCUAAACUAUAAUAUUCUCAGUGCUCUUCUACAUCAACUGUCUCAGAAUUUAAUUUCCCUUUAAACAAUGGCAUCAUCUUCCUCGUCACUCUUCUCCUCCACCACGCAAAACCACACAGCAUCAUCACUACCCCUACAAGGCCUCUAUGCUGAUCAGGUUCUUCUUCUUCCGUUUUUUUAUGUUCUUGGGAAAAUGGACUUCUCAUGGAUGGUGGACUUUCUGAAGGGGAUGGUGAAGCCUUUGGCUGCCACUGUGGUGGUGCUGCUGGCGGUGGUGCUUUCUUAUGUACAGAAGCUUGGUUUGGGUGGCGAGAUGGUUUACUCUAUUGCCAGGGCGUUUGUGCAGCUUUCGAUUAUUGGGUUCGUUUUGCAGUUCAUUUUCACUAGGGAUAAUGCUAUUUGGAUCGUCCUUGCUUACAUGUUCAUGGUCUCGGUUGCUGGCUACACAGCUGGUCAGAGGGCUAAACAUGUUCCUAGAGGGAAGUAUGUAGCAGGGGCAUCAAUAUUGGUUGGAACUUCAAUCACAAUGUUCCUUCUUAUUGUGCUCAAUAUCUUCCCCUUCACUCCAAGAUAUAUUAUCCCUGUUGCCGGAAUGAUGGUCGGAAAUGCAAUGACGGUAACCGGGGUUACAAUGAAAAGACUGCGUGAUGAUAUCCGAACACAAAUGAACUUGGUGGAGACAGCAUUAGCUCUAGGAGCAACACCACGCCAAGCAACACUUCAGCAGGUGAAGCGAGCUUUGGUCAUAUCGUUGUCUCCGGUUUUGGACAACGCCAAAACCGUCGGUCUGAUCUCACUUCCAGGAGCAAUGACCGGCCUCAUCAUGGGAGGAGCUUCUCCUCUGGAGGCCAUUCAGCUUCAGAUUGUUGUUAUGAACUUUCUAAUCGGUGCAUCUACAAUUAGCAGCAUAUUGUCAACAUAUCUGUGUUGGCCUGCCUUCUUUACCAAAGCUUAUCAGUUAGAGACCAAGGUCUUCUCCACAGAAUAGUAUUUUAGUUGCAGAAUGCGUAUUGAAACCAAUAUCAGAGGAUAUAGUGGCUACAUUUCAAGUGUUAGAUUAUUGUACAAUAUUAUUGCAUCACCAUGUACCAGUCAGUUUUGAAGUAAUAAAAUGUCAGAUCGAUG